ACAUACUAUUUGGCUCAUUUAUUCAAGUUAAUGACUCAAAAAAACAUGUUAUAACAUGUGUGGGUUCUAGAAAAAGCAAGAGUGGCCAAAUCUCAGAUGUGUAAGAAAGAAAAUGUCAAUGGCGUUUCAACGACGACAACAAUACUGCGGUGGGGACCUUCCCUAACGACUGAAACUAUUCUCUGUUUCUCUCUGACCAUUUGAACUUUUGAUGUUUCAAGUCUAAUCUUCUUCCCAAAGUGGCGACUAUGAAUUAAACCCUGCUUAAAGUUUCCCUUUUUCGUUUCGUGAUCAUGGAGGAAGAAGAUAGCGUGAUAACAAGAAACACAGAACAAGAUGGGCGUGUUGGAAGUGAUCUUGAAGGAUUCGGUGGGUCAAAAAAGAAGAUGAAGAUAAUGAAGACGAUGAGAAGCGGGAAGAGUGAUGAUAAAGAGACGAAGAAGAAGAAAAAGUAUUGGAUGGGUUGUCUCAGAGCUGAAUCUGACGAGAGUGGAAACGUCGAUUUGACUGUUGAUUUUCCUGGCGAACGCACUGAGCCAACUCACCUAGUCGUCAUGGUCAACGGUCUCAUCGGCAGUGCUCAGAAUUGGAGAUUCGCCGCUAAGCAGAUGCUAAAGAAGUAUCCUCAGGAUCUCGUAGUUCACUGCAGUAAACGCAACCAUUCAACACAGACAUUUGAUGGUGUUGAUGUUAUGGGAGAAAGAUUAGCUGAAGAGGUUAGGUCGGUGAUCAAACGUCACCCAAGUCUCCAGAAGAUUUCCUUUGUAGGACAUUCUUUAGGUGGCUUGAUUGCUAGGUAUGCUAUUGGGCGUCUUUAUGAGAAGAAAACCCGAGAAGAGCUUCUACGUAACAGUGACGACAUUGGUGAUACAUGCCCGAUAGAGGAACCGAAAGAGAGAAUCGCCGGAUUGGAGCCCAUGUAUUUUAUAACUUCUGCAACGCCACACCUUGGUUCAAGAGGACAUAAACAGGUCCCAUUGUUUUCUGGAUCUUACACUUUGGAGAGAUUAGCUACGCGUAUGUCGGGGUGUCUUGGUAAAACAGGAAAACAUCUUUUUCUGGCUGAUAGUGAUGGUGGAAAACCUCCAUUACUCCUCCGAAUGGUUAAAGAUUCUAAAGAUCUUAAAUUCAUUUCUGCUUUGCAAUGCUUCAAACGGCGUAUUGCUUACGCGAAUACAAGUUUCGACCACCUUGUCGGGUGGAGUACAUCGUCUAUCCGGCGUCACAAUGAGCUUCCUAAGCUUCAACGUGGUCCAGUCAACGAGAAGUAUCCUCACAUUGUGAACGUUGAAGCACCGGAUACUGCAAGUAACCAUAAGGAAGAUCGUUCAAGGACCAGUUCAGACGAGUUCAAGAAUUUCGAUAUGGAAGAGGAGAUGAUAAGUGAACUAACAAAACUGAGCUGGGAACGAGUUGAUGUUAGUUUCAGAGGAACCCUGCAAAGAUUUCUCGCUCACAAUACCAUUCAGGUGAAAACAAAGAUGAUCAAUUCAGCUGGAGCAGAUGUUAUACAACACAUGAUUGACAAUUUUGAGCCAUAGGUGUGAAUAAUUAUCGGAAGAUGGCAAGUUCCUUCACAAGUCCAAAAUUCACUAGGAGAAAUAUAUCAGUCAUAUUAUCAAAAUUCUGUCAUCUAGUAAUGUAUGUUACUAUACUAUUAGUAGGUUUAUCUGUUUUGUUAGUUUUUCAGUUACCGGAAAAAAAGAAGGAAAAUAGAACUAUUUUGGAUACAAAAUAAAUAAUAAACGGAAUGCAAGAAAUAGUUCCCCU